AGAAAAAGAAAAUAUUCAUAAAAUAUGAAAAUAGAAAAAAGAAACGACACAUUUAAUACUCAGAAAAUAAAAGAUUGCGCGAGUGAAAAAAGACAAACGUGAAAACCAACUCGCCCUUCUCUUCAUAAAUCAAUCUCCUUCUUUUCACUCUCCUUCCCACUUCCCCAGCUUUUCUCCUCUCUCUCUCUCUCUCUCUCUAGCCUCUCUUUUGUAGCUAGCUCCCUGCUACAAGCUAAUCCCUGCACGCCUCCAUAGAGUGGUGAUAGACGGAGAUAGUAAGAUGAGUCUCUCUACCUUAUCUUCUUCUGUGUAAUGCCCUGAGCCAACACCAAUAAACUAAAAGAGCCAAACCAACUAUAUAGAAAGAGAAGAUCUUUCUUUCUUCUCAUUCUUGAGUCUAAUCCUACAAUGGCGAUACCAAAGGAGGAAGAAAGUAGAGAAGAACAUAACACUUCGUUUCUUCUCGAUGCUCUCUACUGCGAAGAAGAGAAAUGGGAAGACGACGAAGAAGAAGAAGUAGAAGCAGUUGAAGAGAACUCUUCCUUUUCUUCUGCUUCUACUUCUUCUCCAUUGGCUAUUCUGCAGCAAGAUUUGUUCUGGGAAGACGAAGAUCUGGUCACACUCUUCUCCAAAGAAGAAGAGCAAGGACUCGGCUGUGUAGACGAUGUUUAUCUCGCCACGGAUCGAAAAGAAGCCGUGGGUUGGAUUCUUAGAGUCAACUCUCAUUAUGGGUUCUCUACUCUGGCAGCUGUUUUAGCUAUAACAUAUCUCGACAAGUUCAUCUGUAGCUACAGCUUACAGAGAGACAAACCCUGGAUGCUUCAGCUCGUUUCUGUUGCUUGUCUCUCUCUUGCUGCUAAAGUGGAAGAAACCCAUGUCCCUCUUCUUCUAGACUUUCAAGUGGAGGAGACAAAGUAUGUGUUUGAGGCAAAAACCAUACAGAGAAUGGAGCUGCUGAUACUGUCUACUCUCCAGUGGAAGAUGCAUCUCGUUACUCCACUUUCGUUUCUAGACCACAUCAUCAGGAGACUGGGACUUAAGAACAAUGCGCACUGGGAUUUCCUCAACAGCUGCCACCGUCUCAUCCUCUCUGUAAUCUCCGAUUCAAGAUUUGUCGGCUACCUCCCAUCAGUUGUUGCUGCAGCCACCAUGAUGAGAAUUAUCGAGCAAGUUGAGCCCUUUGACCCUCUUUCAUACCAAACAAAGCUCCUCGGUGUGCUUAACAUAACCAAGGAAAAGGUGAAAUCUUGCUACGACCUCAUCCUCGAGUUACCAAUGGGCUUACAAAUCGAAACCCAAUCUCGCCGGAAACGAAAGAGCGGCGAAUCUCCAAGCUGCGUGAUCGAUUCAAACCCUUUUAAUAGCGACGAAAGCUCAAAUGAUUCGUGGUCAGCGAGUUCUAACAAUCCACCAUCUUCGUCUCCGCAGCAGCAACAGCCUCCGUUGAAGAAGAUGAGAGGGGAUCAAGAGACGCAGAAGGAGAAACCAGUUUUGCAUCUUCCAUGGGCAAUCGUAGUAGCCAGUCCGUGAUUCGAGCUCAGUGUUCUGUUCUUACGGGUUUUCCGUUUAUAAUUAUUAUUAGAAGUCUUUUAAAUUUUAGAACAAUCUUUGUAUUAAGUGGAACGUUGCAUGUACGAAAUGUCGAGAAUGCCCUUACUUUGCGGUGGCGUGUGUGAAGGGUAUUCAUGACAUUUGACUGCAUGGGAUGUAAUGAAAGAGAAUAGAAAUAAUAGUAUUUUGCGUAAAGCUUAAUCUACGGUGUUGUUAA